CCUUUGCAACCAGGGAAGGCGAGUGCAGGUUCACCCACCUGCAGACAUGGGACGCAGAAAGUCAAAACGGAAGCCGCCCCCCAAGAAGAAGAUGACGGGCACCCUGGAGACCCAGUUCACCUGCCCCUUCUGCAACCACGAGAAAUCUUGUGACGCGAAAAUGGACUGUGCCCGCAACACCGGAGUCAUCUCUUGUACUGUGUGCCUAGAGGAAUUCCAGACACCCAUCACAUAUCUGUCAGAACCAGUGGACGUGUACAGCGAUUGGAUAGACGCCUGUGAGGCGGCCAAUCAGUAGCAAUGCAGAAGACCCGCCCCCAGGACAGCCCCGCCUGCCGUGGACCCACCUGCUGGGUACUAGUCCAGAGACAUUCCAGGGGUCUGGGGUGUGGGUCCAGGGCUGUCGCAGCCCUCCAUGUGUGUGGAAUGUGUGUUAGUGUGAGUGUGUGUGGCUGCUGGGGUGAGCGUGGGUGGGUGCGUAUAAAUACAGGGUGGAGUUGAAGGGAUGAGGGGUCUGAGGGGCCUGAACUGGCCUUACUUGGCUCCAAAAGCCUUUGGUUAACUCCCUUCUCCAGCCUCUGUACACC